UUACCCAUUUCAGAUGUAAAUUCAUCACCUCACACCUCUCUCUCUCUCUCUCUCUCUCCACUUGAUAAAAACUAUAGGGUGAUUGAAAAACGGUAGAUUGGAAGAACAAAGGAAGAGAGAGGAAAAGGGAGGGCCUUUCGCCCUCUUUUUGUUAUGCCUCCUCUCAGAUCUUAGAUUCUCUCUUUCUCUCAUCUGGGUCUUCUUCAAUUGGAAUUCUCGAUCCUUUGCUGAUCGAUUAUUGAUCUGUGAAAGAUCGGAUGCUUUUCUAUUGAUUCCAAGAAUACCCAUUUCCUCAGUCAUCUUACAAGUCUCCAAUUUUCUACUAGAUUCUUUGCUAAGGAUGGAAAUGGAGCCUGGAAAGUUAUUCAUUGGUGGGAUUUCUUGGGACACGAACGAAGACCGUCUGAGAGAGUAUUUCCAAACUUUUGGUGAGGUAGUUGAAGCUGUGAUAAUGAAGGAUCGGAACACAGGGCGUGCUCGUGGUUUCGGUUUUGUUGUCUUUGCUGAUCCCUCUGUUGCAGAAAGAGUUGUUAGGGAAAAGCAUAUCAUAGAUGGUAGAACUGUUGAAGCCAAGAAAGCUGUUCCUAGGGAUGAUCAACAUAUGCUAAGCAGAAACAACAGCAGCCUUCAGGGUUCACCAAGUCCUGCCCGAACCAAAAAGAUAUUCGUUGGAGGUUUAGCAUCGACAGUCACUGAGAGUGACUUUAAAGAGUACUUUGAUCAAUUUGGUACAAUCACGGAUGUUGUGGUAAUGUAUGACCACAACACCCAAAGGCCUAGAGGUUUUGGGUUUAUCACUUAUGAUUCAGAGGAUGCGGUGGAGAAAGUGUUGCUCAAAACUUUUCACGAACUCAAUGGUAAAAUGGUUGAGGUUAAGCGAGCUGUCCCCAAGGAACUAUCGCCAGGGCCAACUCGGAACAUGUUAGGUGGAUACAACAACUAUGGCCUGAGUAGAGUUAAUAGUUUACUUAAUGCCUACACUCAGGGGUAUAAUCCAAGCUCAGUUGGAGGGUAUGGAGGUAGAUUCAGUCCGGUGACAGUUGGACGGAGUGGAUAUCCUACAUUUGGUCCUUCCGGGUAUGGGAUGGGACUAAAUUUUGAACCGGGAUUGAGUCCAAGCUAUGGUGGAAAUGGUAAUUUCAGUUCUAACAUUGGCUAUGGGCGUGGAUUGAACCCUUUCUACAAUGGGAGUCCAAACAGGUAUAACAACAAUCCCGUUGGGUAUGGUUGGGGUAGCGGUGGAAGUGGUUCUGUUUUAAAUUCGACAAGUCGGAACAUGUGGGGGAAUGGGAGUCUCAAUUAUGCUUCGAAUUCUGCUAACUCUAAUAAUUCAUUUAUGGGCUCGGGAAGUGGAAAUACUGGAUUGGUUGGUGCUUUUGGAAGUAUCGGAGAAAUUUGGGGUUCCAACAUUUCUGGUCAAGGUGGACCCACAGAUUCGACUUUUAAUAGUGGCAACGUAAGUUAUGGAAACAUGGACAAUAGUUUUGGGUUGGGAGUGGGCGGGUAUGGAAGAAACAGUGGAAAUACUGCUGCACCGACACCAUCAUAUGGAAGUGACAGUCUUGAUGAACCAUUUGGGAAUAUCUAUGGAGGUGAUUCAUUUUAUGGGAAUUCUACUUGGCGGUCAUCAUCUCCAGAGUUAGAAGGCUCUUUUGGAUAUGGGUUUGGGAAAGUGGCUUCAGAUGUUACAGCCAAAAACUCUGCCGGAUAUGUUGGUGAUUAUUCUGUUACCAAUAGAGCUAAUAGAGGAAUUGCUGCCUAGGAAGAUUAUUAUAUUGAUGUCUGAAGGUUAUUAUUAUAGGCGAAGAACAUCUGGUGAACCAUAUGGACUGUGAAUGAAGCUUAUUUUCCUCAGCCAGUUUGUUCAGUUUGAUAGUACAUUUGAUUAGAGUGCUAAUUGGAUCACCUGUUUUCAUAGAACUCAUCACAGAGGACAGUUACAAGGAAGGUUUUCAUGUAAGGUUUGAGCUUGAGUUUUUUCAAUAUAGGAUUUCUUUCUUCAGAAAAUUGAGAUGUAAAAUCUGAUCGCGGGACAUCAACAUAACUGUAUCAUGCAUCUCCAGAGAUACAUAAAACACAGAGGUUUUCUCUCCUUUUUUCCUUUUCUUUUUCUUUUUUUUUUUUUUUUUUCUUCUUUCACUCUUUGUGCGGUAAUGUUGGGCGAAGUUUGUUAGUUCUCUUGUCAAGUAUGUUGUUUUUAAUUUCUUCCCCUUUCUGGGUAUUGUUGUUAGCAGAUUGUAUGGAAUCAUUGGCUGAUUUGCUAGUUUGAAAUGGAUGCUCAUGUUGGGGUCCCCUAAUAAUAAAUUGUUUAAUAUUGAUUCA